ACUCGAAGUAUUUUGGGCAACCAACUCGUCUCAUCUGACCUACCACUUUAGCAGUGGACCGAAUUAGUAAUGGACCGAGUUACUUCUAAACUGAACUAGUAACCAGUAGACCAACCAAGAUCAAGAUCGAAGCCGCUGUCAAUCCAAGAUACAUUCGUGGAUCUUUCAUGGGUCUGUGAUGAUGAUCACAAUAUUUCAAGAGCAUUCAUUAGCCUGCAGGUUGUUAUAUUUGUAAAUGGAAAACAAUGUUUUUUUGAAAGCUGAAACUCUUGAUUCUACUAUGGAAGAAAAUUGUAUGAUACAGAUUGUAGGGGAGUUGGAGUCAGAUACUGAAACGAUAUUAAAGACAAGUGAAAAGGGAACAAUAAUUUACAAACAUGCAGCUUGUCAAGCUGCUUCAGCUCUUACCAGUGAUGUCUUAGUGCCUAUAAUGUUCUGUACUUUGUUCUCUCCAAUCUGUGAGGCUUCUGUGCAAGUGAACCUUCCCAUAUGUAGUGUUAGUGACUCCAGUGAGCCUCCAGCUGUGACUUCAUCAAAAGACAGAGAGUCUAAAGAUCAUAUCACAUCAUUCAAGAAAAGAAAAAAAUGUAUUGUGGCCCAGACCUACAGAAAAGAAAGAUACGACAUUAAUUCUGCCCCCCAUGGCUGUCAAGGACCAGAAGAUGACGUAUUCCUGUCACCGUCACCAGCUGGAGAUAAUGUUGAAGAUUAUAUCUUGUCAGAAGAUAGUGAGUACAGUUCAGAGGAUGAUCUUGCUUUCUGGCAAAAGAUGAAGAGACAUGAAAAAGGAAAGAGUAAAGAAUCUUCCAGAAAUGAACAAUUCCGUAAGUAUUCUCCACAUGGAGGUAAUUUUGAAAGUGAAAAGAUAACAUACUGUUCAAGAAACUCUUGUGUCAAAGUUCAGAAGUGUAAUGAUGAGCUAUUACUUUUAUCAAAAGAGGGCAGCAAGAUAUUAGAUAAAGUGAGCAGUGUUGUGCAGGGAUCUGAAAAGAAAGAUGACUGGAUAACAGAUGAUGAAGUGGAUGAUGAGGAUCAUGAGAAUAUUGAACAAGCCUUCAAAAAAGAGUGGAAGGAGAAACGUCUUCCAUACAACAGUAAGGAAAAGAAUUUUCCUUGUGAAAUCUGUGGGAAGAGAUAUUCAAAGCACAGCUACCUACGAGCACACAUUGUCAGAGAACACAAGGAACAUGAAGAAGCCAAGAGGUACCCAUAUUCUUGUCAGCACUGUAAGAAGGUUUAUGUCAGCGAGAAGCAACUUUUGCAACACCAACAUAAACACAAGGGUCCUUGUGAGAUAUGUGGAAUAGUGAUGAAAUGUAAUGGUUUGCUUUGGGCACAUCAAAGAAAUCAUGACAGUGCUUGCAAGGUGUGCAACAGGAAAUUCCAGACAAAAGAGUCAGCAUAUAUGCAUAUGAGAUUAAAGCACUCAGAGAAUCCAAUUCCUUGUGCAGAAUGUGACAGAAUGUUUCCUUUUGAGUUCAUUAGGAAAAGACAUGCAAAGACACAUCAUAAUGUAGAAGUAACAAGAUACUCAUGUGACAAAUGUGAUUUCUGGUCAGUGGGACAGAGGGCUCUAAAAAUUCAUCAGAGAAGGACUCAUGGUUCUAAACUUGAUUUGUUUACUUGUAAGGAAUGCAAAUGCAUAUUUAACUCAAAAGUAACUUAUAAGAAUCAUGUUGCCACCCAUGUUAGCAACAGUAGCAUUGUUUGCCUGUCAUGUUCUGCAAAAUUUAUAUCAGAGGAUGAAUUACAUGCACAUAGAAUAUCAGUCCAUGGAGUGACAGAUAAAGUAGAUACUAGAAAAGAGACAAUAUCUAACUAUUGUAACAGCAGUCAUGUGUCACACUAUUUAUGUGCUUUAUGUAAUAUAACACUGAGUGAUACUGAAGAUUUGUCUCAGCACAUGUAUAAAUAUCAUAACAUAGAUGUAGAUUCUCCUAGAGUCAUUAAGCCAGAGAUUGAACCAUUCCUUAUUCCAGAAGUUGAUGAAAAUAACGAAAGUACAUUGCAAACUGUAGACAUUGAGGGGACAAAUCCUCAAGAAUUAGACAGAGUCAUAAAAACUGAGCCAACACCUGUAAUUUCUACAGACAUUAGCUGUUCCAGUGGAAGAUCAGCCUUGCUUGUGCCAGCCAGUGUAGUGCCUCCAAAUGUUAAUAUAGUGGAGGUUAAUGGAGUACAGUACCAUGUCAUCAGGGAAAGCCAGUGGCAAUGACCCAGUGUUGUCAUUAAUUAUAACAACUAUCAUUUUAAGAGAGAGAGAGAGAGAGAGAGAGAGUGUCUCUCCCAAGGAAGUGGCCACAACACCUCCCUAUCCAAGGACCUCUGUGCUUGCUCAGGCACUCCUCUAUGAGCACCUCUUUCACAGAUGUACCUCUUUAGCCUAAUCUUUUCACCUCUCAUACUGGCACCUUCAGUUUCCUUGACAUACACUUUCUUUACAUUCUUCAUCCUUUUAGUGUGGCCAAACUAUAUCACAAUGUAUUUAUCAUCCAUUCCAUCACUCCACAUUUCUCUCUGUUUCCUUUGGUAUUCAUAUUGCAUCUCUUGUACAUACUUUUAUUACUCUCACACUUCCAUCUUGUUACUCUAUGCAUCUCUUUCAGAAAACUCACUUCCAGGAUGCAGUGUUGAUUGGAGAAUACUAUUCCUUAUUAAUUAAUUAAUUUAUUUAUUCUUACAUAUUUUUUUUUUUUUACAUUUAUGAACACAUUUCUCCCUUUCAUAAUCUUUACAGAUGAUCCUAAACAUGCCUACCUUUCCCAUCCUUCUCUUUUCUUCUCAAUUCAUCUCAUUAUAUUUAUAUAAUUCUGUCCCAGAUACUUAUUGUCACCUCUUUCUGUAUCUUGUUUGCAGAUGAGUGGUAACUGCCUUCCUUCACUCACCUGUCACCUCUCUCUGCUUCCACACCAAAUCCUAUGUCAGGACCAUUUUAUUAUGUCUCUCCCAUACUUUGAUACUUCAGCUGUUAUUUUAUCUGUACCUGCAGCUUCAUCACACUUUAGUGUGGCUUACCUUAUAUCAGCUUCUAUAUUCUAUAUUCCAUAUUAGACAUUGUUGUUUCCCCAGCUAUUUCUCCAGUCAUGAAAUGGUCAAAAUGCCUUUUCCAUAUGUUUUUAACUUCCUUGCUGCUUACAGGAACUCUAUCCUCAUCCUCUCUCUUCAUCCUCACUUUUCUUCUUCUCUAUCUCUCAGUCCACCAGGCACUCCCCAUUCUCAUUCAUUCCAUUUACUCUCCAUUUUCCUAAUACAACUGUAACCUCACUAUUUUCCAUUUUGAUUAUUUACAACUAAAACCUAUAACUUUCUCCCUUUGCUCAUUUUCUCAGGCACCCGUUCAGAUAAUAUAACUUUUUCCCUUUGCUCAUUUUCUCAGGCACCCAUUCAGAUAAUUUCAAAAUUUCCUUAUAUCCUCCCUCCCUUUUCCACUUGGAUUUAUGAUGCAUAUUCAGAUCUAGACAUACUUAAUUAACGCAAUCUUUUAUACUACCCACCAUGUGCAUCUAUACCUAUCCAUAAUGUUAGAGGCAGGAAUGUACACUUCUUAACCCUCUUCCCUACUUUCCUCUUUUCUCAUCCAUCCAAACCACUCCACUCCUUCCAGUCCCUCUAACAUCUCACUUUGAUUCCCAUUCAUGCAAUCAGUUAUUAUUCCAUAACCUUUCAUAUGAAUCUUGAAUUCAAAAAAUGUCUAGUCUAUCCUUCUUUACUUUGUUAUCAUUCAUACUGUUUACAUUCAUUGAGGCCACCGUUAAACAAGUUUCCUCAGGGAUAAGGUGGUGGAGCCUUUCUUUUCCCACAGCCAUGUUGUUGCAUGGCAUUACAGAUGGAAUGUAAGUGAAAAUUAAAUAAAAACAUUUACUCA